AUAUAUUCAAAACUAAAUAGCUUUUGUAUUGGUAACUUUACUUGUUCUACUACACAUUCUGUCUAUUCUUUGAUGAAUAAAAGUAUACUUGAGUCUUUACAAAGACAAAAAAAGAAAAAGAUUGAAGCAGAGAUUAACUAUAUAUCUUUAAUUAAUUAAAAGAGAGAUAUAAAAAGGAAGUUACAGAGAAAGAGAGGCUUCUAUUUGGGCUGCUAAACCGUGUUCUUGUGAGGCCCCACUAUUCUCAGGAGAGCAAAGAAAGAGAACACAAAUAAGGAACUGCAUUAAAUGUUAAUGAAGAAACUUCUUGGUAACCUCCUCAAGUCCUAACCAUGCUAUGAAUGUAUAAAGUAUAGACUCUCUAAUCCAAAAAAAUGCAACAACUCCACCAAAGAAGAAGAAGAAGAAGAAGCAGAGAAAACCCACCUGAGCCUUACUUCCUACUGUUUGCUUUCUCUUCACAAGUUUUUGAGAAAUGUGCAAGACGUUGAAGCUUUUCAUUAGAAAGGUACAAACUUGCUGCUUAUUCAUUGGAUUCUCCAAGAGUGUUGAAGAUUGUGGUGAGUUUGAGGAAGAGGGUAAUGGGGCAACAACGGUUCCCAGUGAUGUUAAAGAAGGGCAUGUGGCAGUGAUUGCUGUAAAAGGAGAGAGAGCUGUGAGGUUUGUUUUGGAGCUUCAAGAGUUGUACAAACCUGAGUUUAGGAGACUGCUUGAACUGGCAAGAGAGGAGUUUGGGUUUCAACCAAGAGGACCACUCACCAUUCCAUGCCAGCCGGAAGAAGUACAGAAGAUUUUACAAGAAAGUAGGAAGGGAUAGUCUUUGAUUUCGUUAUUUGUAAAGGAAUCAAUCAUUAGUUGAUUUGAGAUUCUUUUCUUACAAGAAUUUAACCAUUCUUACUGUUUCUCUUAUUACUGAAACAUGUUAUGAUUAAAUUUACAAAUUAUUACUUUAUGCUGGUUGUAGUUCAAUUUUCUUUUACUGG